UGAGGAGGUUAGGCCAGCCCCCUCCUCCUAAACUCGCUUUACAUCAGUCUUCUCACAGAGCCGGCGCGCCUCACACUGUGCUGCACCGAGGCGGCAUGGCCACAUCCCAACUUUAACUCCAGUAACCGACCGAGAGUGGGAAGCCUGCGGGACGCAUGGAAGUCUGAGUCUCUCCCGGACCGUCCACUGGCUGCUGUUUGUUCACUGGGGUUACUCAUGCGUCGGGAAUGCCAUGGCCACUCCGAGCGCACACCAGCAGCAGCAGGAUUAUUUCCGAUCCGUCAGCAGCGAGUCCACCACGUACAUGAUGGUACCGACCGCCGGACCGAGCGCCGUCGGACGCCGGGAUGCGCCCUCCAAGAUGUGGGUGGCGAUGGUUGUGAUUGUGGUGGUGGUCCUGCAGAUCGCAUCUACUACGGGGCUUUUUGUCUACCUGAACAUGUCCAUAUCACAGGUGCGUAGUCAAGGCGUGACAGAGGAGCUAAAGUGUCUCAGUUUACUGAAUCAUCUGGACACUAACCAGCACAUUCCAGACCAGUUGGCCGUGCUCUUCGGAGAACCCUGCAUCAAACUGGCUGAAAGCAUCAAAGAGUACAUCUCCAAGGUGACAGAGAACAUUAUCUCCAAACAGACACUUAUGGAGGCCCGAACAAUGCCGAGACAGUUCAACAAUACGGGGUCAAAGUUCAUGAAUUCCGUGGCCCAGAGGCCGUCUGCCCACCUGACGCUCAGAGACACAAGCUCUCAACCAUCUGCCAAUCGGACCCUCCACCAAUCCUGUCGCCAUGUGAUGCGUUCAUGGGCCAAUCAGAGCUUUGGAGCGCACCUGCACAACAUGACCCUGUCCAAUGGGAAGCUGCGGGUGCCCCAAGAUGGGCGGUACUACCUGUACUCACAGAUAUACUUUCGAUACCCAUCUCCUGCAGCCAGCGAGGCAGACCAGCGCAGCGUCAGCCACCAGCUGGUCCAGUGUGUCUACAAGAAAACCUCCUAUCGGAGCCCAAUACAGCUUCUGAAAGGGGUGGGUACCAAGUGCUGGGCUCCAGAUGCCGAGUAUGCCCUCCACUCCGUCUACCAAGGAGGACUGUUUGAGCUGAGGGCAGGCGACGAGCUCUUUGUCUCCGUCUCCUCCCCGACCAUGAUAAACACAGAUGAGUCCUCCAGCUAUUUCGGGGCUUUCCGGCUGGAUCUCUGAGUGGAGGUGACUGAUGGAAUGUUCAAGGGGGUGAUGGAUGUAUCUAUUGUUGAGUUGAAGAAAUGAAAAGCUGGAAGUCUGUCCUGGAGGAUAUAUCGUCUGUGUGGAGGAAAACACUGAAGGGGAGAGAAAAACAUUUUCCUUGGAGGAUGGAGAGCAAACGGUGGAGUGAAUCCAUCGUCCCUGAGCCUCGAGAUCUGCACAGAUGACACAUGUGCAAUCACGUAAAACCACAUGUGAGGAAUCUUUUUUGGGGAUUCCUGACGAAGGAAAUUGCUUUUAAAGAAUAAAUUCACUUUCAAUUCCAUUUGAAGCAAGAAGCCCAGUGAAAAAGCCAAACUAGCACAUCAGUGUUUCAUCCCAGGCUUUUUUUUUUCCUUGCAGCACAAUUGGACCGUUAAAUUUGAAUCUCAGACCAAAGAAUGUACAAACAGUCAAAGUAAACCAAAGCAAAGACAAAUUACGUCUGUUUUUUUUUAAGGUGAAAUGUACAGAAGAAUGUCAAGAAUGUUCCAUAUAAACUGUGGCGAUGUAUAAACCUAAUUAUUUUGUGAAUAUACGGUGAAUGGACUUUAAACCACUUGUGGACGUGAACUCAGUCGGCAAAGGUUUGGAUUUCCAUUUGGACCUGAGCGCCUCUUACUGGACUAAGAGACUUUAUGGAGAGACAGAGGCGUCUUGUAGAAGCCAAUGAGAUGGACGAGCAGAGAGAGAAUGAGGGUGCACCUGGUAUGCAGUGGAACCAGCCAGCGUUCGGAACUCUUCUGCGUCUCCCUCGUGCCUUUUAUUCUGUAUGUGCAUUGUCUUUUUGGUAGAACCUGUGAAGCAGCAUUCUGGUGUAUUGUUUUUUGUUUUUUUCUGGGGCGUCUAUAACCAAUCACAGAGCAACAAACACUCAAACACUCGCUUGACUUGGCUGCAUAUGAACAAACCACUAGGCUGCAAGUGUGAUUGCCAUUUUUUACCACUAAGACCUUUUGAGUUUUUUUGUUUUUGUUUUUGUUUUAAUAAUAAAUUCUGGUGUGUGCCGACAUUAUGACAAAGAUUUCAUUCCACUUUGCUCUUCUUGGUGUUUAAGUGACUUGAACUCCUGUUGAAUGUGUUGCUUCACAAGAAUUGGACUUUGAUCAACAGGAUUUUUGUUUAUUCUGAGUCCAGUGUGAUUUAUAAUACGAGCUGUUAAAGUAGCUUCAGCUGUUGCAGUGUAUAAUAGAGACCUGUGGUGGGAGUGCUUUUCACUUGUGGACCAUUAUAGGUUUAAGAAUCAAGGUGGACCUGACUGCUGUGUUUGCUGAUAAUAUUGAAUUGCCAUUAUGCCACAGUCCUCGUGUCAAAAUCAUGAGGGUCAAAUGCAGUUUAACACACCAGGUUUAAACCCAGUGGGCCUUUGUUCUCCUGCAUGCUGGUUGUUCUUCAACCAAAACUAAGCAGGAGUAGCUUCUCGCAUUGUAAUAAUAAUUCAAACAUUCCUUUGGUGCCAUUAAGCUAGUUCAAAUGACAUUUUCAGAUUUGUCUGAUACCGUUUUCCGCUGCCCUUCAUCUUUCCUAUUUUCUUUGUAAUGUCAGUGUCGUCAUCCUGCAGUCAUCUCAGUGUGAUCUGUGAUUUGAAAAAUUCUUGCUGCUCCUUCUGAGAACUUAUUUAAGAAAGAGAAGAGCAACAAAACGUGAGAAGAAGUGCCAUCACAAUUCACAAAAUGUUUAUCUCUGAGUCCACUAGAUCUGACUAUGUUCACACCAAAGUCUAUCAAUGCUACAAAAGCAACUGAUUUACAUUUGAGUGUGAGUUGUAGUAUCAAAUGGUUAAGUAUUUUGCCUUUCAUACUCUGUACUAGAUGAAGGGCUGCGUCCCUGAAAUACCACGUUGACUCUGCUCUAACUUUGGGGGGGUCAACACAACAAGUGUUGCCAAGUGGUGCUGGCUGUGAACGGUAUAGUGACCUGGAGAGCAACCUGCCACCGAAAAACUCACCAAUUUACCAACACAUUUUUGUGUGUUUGCUGAGUAACUAUAGCAAAUAUGUGCCCAUUAAAAAGUUCCACUAUUAGAUACAGAGUGUAAACUGUUGAGCGGUUUCACAUUUUCAUAUUGAAUCGUGUGAUUGAUGCAUUUCGGGAGAGAGUAUAACACUUCUGCUUUCAAGAACUGAGUGCGUAAAUCAUGAGUCUGCAUGUGCAAAAGAAGGUCAGCGCUAAUAGGUGCCGUUUAAAAGCUCAUCGCAGCUUAGAGGAUUUAAAUAGAGUGACCUCACUUCUUUAAAACCUUCCACAUUGAUUCAAAAAGGCUUCUUCAAGUGUCGUCGACGGAUUCAAACACAAGCCCAGUUGGCUUUCUUAAACCCACCUGCCACUAAUAAUGAUAUUAAUUCUAUUUAUUUUGGUUCGAGUGACACAUUUCUAAUGCUAUUUGGAAACUGACCCAUAAUGCCAUGAGCCUCUGAAAAAUGUGAAAAAGCCACAAAAACAUACACCAGUCUACCUGUGUUCCUCGGGAAGGUGUCAAAUUGAGAGGCACUUGAGGCAACGUCAACCAUUUUCACACGGCAUCUUCGCUCCAUCGGUGUCCCAACUGCACACCUACACUGAGUGGUGCAGUCAAUUAAAACCUUAGUGAUGGAAAAGUUGAGUGCAGAUUUAGUAAAAAUAAAUGCCUGGACAGUAUCCAUCCUUUGUAAGCAGAUCACAACAGUUCAGAUGUCAAAGUUCCAGUGCUGGAAAAGACUUUUUCCAAUCCAUGCUUUGGUUGCAUGUGGCAAAUAAAAUAAUGUUUUUUUUUGUUAAAUCACUAUUAUUCUUUCAUCCAACAUAAUAUCAAAAUCCUGUUUUGUCUCGCUUGCACAUGCAGACUCAUAUUUGCUCUCAGUUAUUUGAGCACAUCAAAAAUCCAAGUCGGUUAGAAAUGUUGGAGAUUCUUUUUUAUUUUAUUUUUUUUAUUAAAUGUGAAUCAUGGUUUUAAUUUUGUUUCUUUUUUUUCAGAAAGAGGUUUACUGCCAAUAACACACCAAUAAAUGUAACGA